UUGGUGCACGUUUUAAAACCCAAAAUUUUGUUCUCCAUUUCUUCGGUGUGGAUUCUAUUUCAUAUGCGAGACAUCUCAAACUUUUACUUGUGGUAGUUUAAUUUUUAGUAGCUUGGUACAUUUUGGUUGUUUAGUCCACCGGGGUGCCCUUUUUUGUGGAUACAAUGGUUGUUUCUUACAGAACCACACCUCAAAAAAAAAGGGAGUAAAAAGACUAAUGAAUACAAAAGGUGGUAGUUGAUUAAUGAUGAAUAUCUCAUAGAUGUAACUUUGGCAUCUCAUAUGUGAGAAGUUUUGCUUGGAGAUAGAAAUUCGACUAAGCCUACACACAUUCAGGUCAUUUCAGAACAGUGUGUACCUUAAAACUGAUGAACAGUUUGAAGAUCAUCAGUUAACCUUGUUCUGAUUUUUGUUUUCCUCCUUUCUUUUUGAUAAGUAACCCUGUUAUGAAGAUUUUCAUCAGAUCUAUUCCGAAUCCUCCAAUGUUUAUCUUAUUAGAUUCGUCUCUAAAGUAGGAUUCUGGUGUUUUUUACACUAACUGGAAAUUUAUCUCAUGGACUAAUCAUUAUAAUUAUCAACAACUGUUAAGUGACACAUCUUUCGCAGAAAUUUAUUAUUCCCCGGUUGAAGUCUUGGAUACGCAAGGUUGUAAUGGAUGAAGAAGAUGAAAAAGGUAUUGUGAAGGGAAAAUCAAGUCUAGCAGAAGAGGCUGCUGUUGCUGAUGUCGCCCGAGCAAGCCAGGAGAUGUUGGCAUCAAAAUCCGAUGAGAAAAGGUAUUUUGAGGAGCUGACAAGCCUGCUAAACUAUCAAGUAGGAGAGAUGAAAUCAAUGACAAAUGCCAUAGAGAAACUGGAAGGGGGAAGUAAUACUUCUGGAAGAAUGCAUGUCAUGGAACUAGAUGAUCCAAGAAUUUCAGUUACUCAAUCUAGGCAACUGUAUUCUAACGGCAAAGUAAAUGGUGAUGCACAUUCAGUGAGAUCUUUUUCGCCACCUGCAUCUGUUGAACCAUCUGCUGCACCCCAUCCAAAGUCUUAAAUGGAGAUGGAGCCCAUCAGCAUAGCCCACUUGUCAAAAGAACAGAUGCUGAAAUACUGCUACAUUAUUAUGUAUUAUAUACAUCAAGGUAAAGCAACGACCCAACAGCAGAAAUCAGGCAAUUUGGCAUCCCAAAGAUAGUGAUAGAUGAUAGCAUUGGUCUUGUGGAAACUUACAGAUGAUUCCCUGUUGGCGUAAAGACAAUACCAAACUUAAACUACAGAACCAGAUAUGAACUUACCCCGGACACACUAAUUAGGUCCUUUGCUGAUAUUGAAGAUCCAAAUAACCGAGCAGCACUCUGCAGCAAUUCAGAAAAAUUACUAAUCAUUUUUUCAUGGUUGAUAGACUUGCCCAGGAAGUAAACAGAUGGUAAAAACACACAGGCUUGUUAUUCGAUAUAAUGUAUUCCUUUCACAGAACAAUAGAGAUUCAUUUGCAUUCUAGGAUGAACCAAUAUUGCAGAAUCCUCAUCUCAUAGCUGAGCAAGUGUCACUAUGACAUGAUUAUGUAUAUGA